AUGGAGAGCCUAGUAGCAGCAGUCACACGCAAUAGCUGGCAGAGAACCUCUGAACCCGUAUGCUAUCCAGAGAGGUAUAAGGGGAAGUGGCGGCUACGGCUCAAUUUCACAAGCCGGAAAGGAGGCAGGGUAACGAGGAAGCACGGCCCCUUGUGCAAGACAGAGCAGGAAGCGUUUGGGGGCAGCCUUGCCUUCAGGUACAGCUGGGAGGGCAGCCAACGUGGUCAGCCCUGCGAUGUCAGCAAGGAUAAUCUAGUCCCACCUGUUGCAGCGGGAAAAUCGCUCAACAGCCUCGGGAUCAUCGGCCGACCACAGGAACGGCAGUUCAAGCGACAGCGGCGGGCUGGCUCCGACGUGACCCGCGCGGAAUUUGCGAUGCAGCAGAUGCUCACCAGCCGCGAAAAACGCUCGAUAGAGCGGGGUUGGAGAAGGAGAGACAGAAAGCUUCGAAAGGCCUUCGAUCAACGUGGAGCCUACCUCGGCGGCCGGAUCAAAGACUUGACGGCAAACGUUGCAGCCAACGAGCAACACAUCAAGCGUCUCCAGGACGCCCUCCGGACUGGCCACCUCCCCAGCCUUCUCCUCCCCCUCCCCCUCCCUUCCGUGGAGGACGGUGAGAACGCGGGCGAUAGGACAUAA